AUGAUGGUCUUAACAGCUACAUGGAAAUUCCCCACUCCAUUCGGCUAUAUCCUUAUCAUCGGUCCGUACGUGGCGUUUUUCUCUUUCUUCACGGUGUUGGUCAUCGGCCCACGCAAAGUUUUGAGCUCCUUGGCAUUGCGAGAGGAGUUGAAGUCGGAGUUCUUCAUAAUUUCUAGUCAAGGAGUCGUGGCUGGGUGCUUUGCAAUUUUCAGUGCCGUCUUCAACCGACUAUCAGGCAUCCAGCAGACGGCGUUCAUCUUCGUGAUGCCCAUGAUCAAGUUUCUAACCAAGCAAAACAUUGCAAACGCCGCUGAGAGGUUUCACGAGUACAUGGCUCUGAUCGUGGUUUUCUCGGUGGAUUUAUUCAACGUCUACUAUGUGGCAAUUUGCAUGCAGUCGUCGAAGUCAGUUGGCACGACGCUGAUCAAAUCGCCGAUAUUCGAAGAAAUUGAUGAAGCAGAGGAAAAGCGAGUGGUCGAGGAUUCGCUUCAAGCUCUUUUCCACGCGGAGUACAUUCUACUGGCCGAGUACAUCGAGUUCACCAUUCCACUGUUCUACGCCCCGUACCUCGUGGCGAUUUUCCACCUGCCAGUAGGGGCAUUCUACCCUCCUCACACCGCGGCGACAACAGCAUCUAAACUGGGUGAAACAGUGACCAGCAUCUUGAUCUACUCUGCAGUCGAGUUUGUAGCUUUCGGCGCGCUUCUCGUUCUCUUGAGACGAAAAUUCGGGCUUCAUCCUCUCUACCAGUUGGCAUUUGUACUGGAGACCCACGCGCCUGCCAUCCAAGGCCAGCUCUUCCUCUGGACGAUCACGAUCCUGCACCUGACGCUGCAGCACUACGGAGUCGACUUCAACAUUCUAACAACAUGA